AUGACAGACGUUAAAUCUGCUUCUCAUAUAACAAGCACUACUCUAGCUGACGGUGUCACUGUCAAGAUCAACGAUCACGUUUAUCUUGCACCUGAGCACUUGGGUGAGCCUUAUUAUGUGGGCAGAAUAAUGGAGUUUUGCACUUCUUAUAAGCGCAAAGGACUGCAGGCUCGCAUCGCUUGGUUUAAUCGUCCCAAGGAUGUCAUCAACAGAAAGUCGGCGGAUCCCUGUCUCUUGGUGGCUACGAUGCAUUCCGAUGUGAAUCCCGUUUCCUCCAUUCGUGGCAAAUGCGUUGUCACUCACAAGUAUUAUAUUCCCAAGGAUCAACUGGAUGAAUAUAGGAAGCAACAAGACCAUUUUUACUAUAAUCAGCUCUAUGAUAGAUACAUACAGCGUGUGUACGAUGUGGUCCCAUGUGAAACAGUACAAAAUGUGCCGCCAGAGACUUUGGAAGCCCUUAAACAAAGAUACCAAUUCAUUGUUGUGGAGCAGGGCAAAGCAUCUGAUUUAACGGUAGCUAGAAGGACUUGUUGUGUAUGUCAAGAAUGGUGUUCCAGUGCUGCUUCUGUAAAGUGUGCAGCUUGCCAAAAGAGUUAUCAUAUGGCAUGUCUAAAUCCUCCACUCGUCCGUAAACCGUCUAAAGGGUUUGCGUGGCAGUGCGCAUUUUGUACACGCCAAGAGGCUCUUGCAGAUUCAUCCAAUCAUCCAGAAGCAACCAAUCAGAAAAAUAAGAACGAUUUGAAAAAACGCCAAACCCGUACAACACGAUCUCAGCUAUCUAAACAACAACAACAACAGCAACAGCAACAGCAGCAACAGCAGCAAGCACCAUCGUCUUCUUCUCAGGAACAGCAAUCAUCAAGCUCUGAGCAAGCCUCUUCUUCUAAUACAUCCAUGAUCAAACUAAAAUUAUUUAUCUUUUUUUUUGCAGAUGGGGAAAUCAAAAUGACAAAUAUGUGGCCAUUUAGAUAUUUUGGUGUAAACACAAACAUGGGAGACAUCCUAGAUAUUGAUGAUAGAAUAUAUCCAAGAGCAAAAAGUAGGAUAGGACCCAAGUAUCAAGCCAACGUUCCUGAUUGGGACAUGGCAAAAAAUCGAAGCAUGUCCCCUAUGAGUGAAUCAAACUCGCUUUCGAGUGGUAAAAGUAAAUCAAAGAAAAGCGAUAAAAAAGGCAAGUCGUCGCAACGAUCAAGUAGUAAAAGAUCAGUUGAAGCAAGUCCUGAUAAUUAUGCUAUGGAAGGUUCUAGCUUUAAUGGAUCCGACCAAUUUCCAAUGGCUCCUAUUAGAGGUGGUGAUGAUACAGUAACAUGCCUUUAUAGACCUGGUAUCCUUGACGAUGAACAGGUUGAUGACUAUAUGAACCAAGUUAAAGAGCUGACUAAUAUACCCCUUCCACCCCAUUCUUCUGACUUAAUGGAUCGUGCACUUUAUGAAUUAGAACAAAGCCAUUAUCACACAGACAUUGCCUUCGAAAGGAUGUCUCAGCUUACACAGGAUGAGUUUAAGCAUAUUGUGGAUUGGUCCGAUCGGGAAGUGCAGGCAUUUGAGCAGAGUAUUCGUGAGCAUGGACAUGACCUGAACUAUGCUAAAAAGAGUGUAGAAACUAAAUCAAUGGCUGACAUUGUCCGUUACUUUUAUCAAUGGAAGAAAACAGAUCGAUAUGAACCUGUUUAUUCUGAAUGGACUAAGAUAUUUAAACCAAUAAAAAAAUUCAAAAAGCUAGGACAAACAACAACAUCAGAUGAAGACAUUAAAGACGAUGUUGAAAGCGAUGAAGAGUCUGAUCCAACGAUUGUGCCCAAGGAUACAUAUGGUGAUAGGUCAUACCAGUGUAUGAAUUGUUUAACCAAUGAAUCAACUAUCUGGAGAAGAUCUCCUUCUGAUAUUGACAGAAAACGAAAGGUGUUUAAACAAGUCCUUUGUAAUGAUUGUGGUAUCUAUUGGCUAAAGUAUGCAAAGACAAAGCCUAUAUCAGAAUCAAUUAAGAGAAUGAAUGGACAAAAUCAUGUCAAUGGCACUGCGGGUAUACCAAAUGGCAAUGGUUCUGCUUCUACCGAUAUGUCAAGUAUUUUACAAAAGCGCAAACGAAAUGAAUCUUCAUCCAAGGCAGUAGUAAAGAAAUUAAAAGAAGAGAAAUCUGAAAUGCUGCUCAAGUUCGAACCGACUGAAUGCAAGGUAUGCUUCCAGUUUGGACCUGACGAAAAACUAUAUACAUGUUACGACUGUGGUCUAUCUGUUCACAGCGAUUGCUAUGGGAUCGUUGAUUCAGACAAAGAAGGCUGGUCUUGCGAUCCAUGCAACAAUAGGAUCAAUCCAGUGGCAUCUUAUACUUAUGAAUGCGUACUAUGCUUUAAAUCAUCUGAAGAAUCAAGACAACCGCUAAAGAGGACAUCAGGGUAUUACUGGGCUCACGUACAAUGUGCUGCAUUCAUACCUGAGAUCAAAUUUGUUCAACCAAGCACCUUAUCACCAGUCGAGUAUAUCGGUUGCGUGAACAGUGCACGGCUGGAAGUCAAUUGCCAACUCUGCCACGAUACACGAGGGGUCUGCGUUGCUUGUAGUGAAUGCAGAAAGACAGUCCAUGUGCAGUGCGCUAUUGAACACAAGUUUAAGCUAGCAUUCGAAAUACAAUCACCCACUACAAGCGCAGGAGGAAAGGCCAAGAUUCCGAUCAUUCCUGCUGGUCUGUUUCAUCCGACCUCACCCUCUGGUUUAAUGGUGCCUCAUGUUUGGUGCCCAACACAUAAUGUUGCGACACGUAAAUUAAUUGAGCUGGACACACGUACCUUAAACUCACAAGAAUCUUCUAUUAUGACUUAUGCAAAGAACUACAAGCCAAUUGCUAAAGGCACAACACCAGCCAUGAGAAGGUUCCGUCAAGCCACAUACCAUACAUAUCAUGCAUUCAACCAUCGUCAUUCAUCUCAUUAUCAUAACCAUCGCCAUAACAAAAUACCUAAUGCUCGUGAGGCAGCGCUGGAAGCGUUGACUAUGAUCGAAAAUGUAUCGCUAGAUCAACUUAUUAGUCCAUUGCCGUUAUCAGCCAAGCCUUCUCUUGCUCCCACCAAGCAGUUUCCCAAACGUAUCUGCGCUUCAGAAGGCUGCCUGGUUGAGCACUCGCCUAUCUGGUGGAAUAUAGAAGGAGAUUCGGAAAAAAGACAUAAAGAUUGA